UGCGUCAACCUGCCACAGCGGAAGUAAAAGCUUCAGAAGAAAUAGCGGCUAGAUAAACGAGUAUGUUCUGUAUUUUAGUAUUUCGCAUUGUAAAUAUUUCCUACUAACAAAAAUGAAUGUUUUUAUCUGCGUCGUGUUGGUUCUCGUAAGUGCCGCAGCUGCUAACAAAAGCGGGGACGAUGACUGGGUGCAUCUGCCAAAUAAAUGUGAAGUGUGCAAAUUUCUUAGUAUUGAAAUGAAGUCUGCAUUUGAAGAGACUGGCAAAACAAAAGAAGUGAUUGAAACCAACUAUCGCUUCCUGGAUGAUAAAGGUGCACCGCCAAUUAAAUAUGUCAAGUCUGAUAUUCGUUUUAUCGAGGUGAUGGAGAACGUUUGCUCAAGGAUUAUGCAGUACAAUCUACACAAAGAGAGAGAUGGAAGUAAUCGCUUUGCAAAGGGUAUGUCUGAGACAUUCUCUACCUUACAUAACCUGGUUAAUAAAGGUGUGAAGGUGGUCAUGGACAUUCCCUAUGAACUGUGGAACGAGACAAGUGCAGAAGUGGCAGAUCUCAAAAAACAGUGUGACGUGAUGGUAGAGCAGUAUGAAGAAGUCAUUGAAGACUGGUAUAAAGGCAGCCAAGAGGAAGAUCUCACCACUUACCUGUGUGAAAAACAUGUGCUGAAAGGACAAGACACCGACUGUCUUAAAGAGGAAUGGGCUGGGAGAAAGGGAGACACAGCAGCUAUCGCAGAGGACAAGAAGAAGAAGAAGGGCAAAAAGAAGAAGGGUAAAGACAGCGAGGACGGGCAGAAAAAGGAGAAGAAAGUGAAGAAGAAGAAGAAAAAGUCCAAGGUAACUGACACCGAGACCAGCAAGCGGAAGACUGAAGAAACUGGAUACACCUCAGAUGAGGAGGAGAUCCAAAAGAAAGUUCCUCUUAAUCAGGAUAAAACUGAACUCUGAUAGAUUUCUUUGCUUUUUUCCAUCUGUCUCCCUCAUAUCUAAAUUUACAACUGAUACCGAGAUGUACGUUGAGUCUAUUAAAAGAAGGUAAUAAUAAGCUCCUCGUUCUAGAUCCACUGAAUGUUACAUAAACUCCAUCCAGGAACAAGCUAAAAUUAAAUGCCAUUUCAAAUCCAAAAAUGGCAGCUAGACCAAUCAAACCAUCGCUUGUGUUUGUUCUCAUGCUGGUUUCAUGUCGGUAACAUUGUAAACAAGCUGAAAUCUUCCUUUCAAGAAAAUGUCUGCCUUUGAGGACUCUGGUGUUUUGAAUCAAUCAAGUUAGCAAGCUGUUGGAAUGGAUUCUGGAAAUCCUUCUUGUGGUUCUCAUUUCUAAUUCCUCUGACUCAUCUCACUUUUUUUUUCCCCCUUAAAAUUUAGUUUAGGUUGUAGGUUAUGAAUUUAGUUAUGCUGUCUUAUGACUACUGUUACUUUUAAUUGCUAUUAAUUUCAUAGUUAUACAUCCUUCGUAGAUUUCAGUAUUAAUAUAAUUAGGUGGUACAAAUCUUAAAAGAUAAAUAAAAAUAUCAGAUUUUUAUCUUUUUCUGUAUAGGAAAAUAUUUUUAUGUUAAAAUCGUAUGUGAUGCAACAAAUGCACAAGAAAUUGUGAUUUGUGAUUCAACAUACACUACCAGUCAAGAUUUUUAGUUGUUUUUUUUUUUAAUUUAUUAACCAAGCCUGCAUUUAUUUGAUUCAAAAUACAACAAAAACAGUAAUACCGUGAAAUAUUUUUACUAUUUAAAUUAACUGCUUUCUAUUGGAAUAUAUUUUAAAAUGUAAUUUAUUCCUGUGAUUAAAGCUAAAUAUUCAGCAUCAUUACUUGAGUCUUCAGUAUCACAUGAUCUUUCAGAAAUCAUUCUAAUAUGCUGAUUUUCUGUUCAAGAACAAUAUCAAUAUUUAUUGUUGAGUAUAUAUAUAUAUAUAUAUAUAUAUA